AUGUCGGGUCGGAACGCGCCUCGCUCGAAGAAUGGAUGCAGCACCUGCCGCCGUCGUAAAGUGAAGUGUGGUGAGGAGCGUCCGGUAUGCAAGCGAUGCUUUAAUUUGCGUCUGACUUGUGAGUGGGGGAUUCCUGUCAAACGAGGGGGGAGCAAGACGGGGGAAAAUGCCCCCGUUCGUCAUCUGCAGCCCCGGUGGCCGCCGCCCACCCGCAGCGAUCCGAUCACCACCACCACCACUACUACUACUGCUAUUACUACUGCUACUACUCCCACUACUAAUGUCGUCGCUCCCCCUAUCCCCCUUGACUCUCCCCCACUAAUCACUACUACUUCAAAUUCUACGGCGGUGACUCCUAUUGGAGCAUCUGUUGAUCUUCUUAAUGUCCACUUUGGCAACACCUUGGCCUCUCUCUGGCCUGCCGUCCCCGGAACUGCCCCGGAUUUCUCCCCAGCUUCCCCGGACGGCUUCCUCCCCACGAGCUGGCCAAUAUAUCAUCCUCCACCACCUUUUCCUCAGACGCCCCCUCUAUGUCCUUCAUUAACGGGUACUGAUUUCGCCUGCACAAAUGCCCUGGUACUAUCCGAGCAUGAUCGGAAAUACUUUCAAUAUUUCCCCUCCUCCUCCGUCGUGUUCUACUACAUGAAGAACUGGCAGUGGAGUAGUUUUUGCUACCUCUAUCAGGGACCUGCGCGCGUGAGUAAAGUGAUAAUGCGAAUGAUCCUGGCGCUGUCGGCGAGUGACAUGUAUCGGAAUGGCCUCGUGGUACGCUCGCCAGGACGCCCCACGGCGGAAGACCACGGCCGCUUUCACUACGGCAUGGCUGUGAAAGAGUUUCGACAUAUGUUGGAAACCCCCAAGGCUCAAGUCUCCAGGGCGGAGAUGGAGAUGAUCUUUGCGACAAUGUUUCUCAUGGUCGCCUAUGAAUGGCAGUUUGGGCACUGUCUACGUCAUCUGCAGCUGCAUCUUCAAGGCGUGCGCUCGCUACUUGAGACGCACCCGGAGCUGUUUCAACCCAAGGACUUUGAUGAGGUGAUGUUGUUGAUGGAUCAGGAUCAUGCAGCGGGGGAGGUAGCCUCUCGGGUGUCCUUCAUUCCUGAACAGUUUCUUCUCUGGAUCAUAUAUAUCGACAUCAACCGACGCGUCCUCGAGACCACCAGUGAUUCCCUCACUGACUACGUACUCAAGAGCGACAACCCCGCUAUACAUCCCGACCAGCUCCACCGCAGCGCCCGCCUUUGGAGUCGCUGCUUCUGGGGCAAGCAGUACCCGGACCAGGAAAUUGCCGACGACAUGGAGAAUUAUCGGGCCUUGGAGUUGAUCCACGAUGGCUUCAUUCUAUGGCACAAGGCUUGGGCAUGUCUAGGCGAGCCUGAAGGAACAAGCUACACGCCUGACAGAGUCUACGCUGAGAUCCUCUCCGUGCGCAAUCGUUUCUCCGACCUUCUCCUUACUGCGAAGAUCUCCGGGGCGGGCUCAACCCGUCGCACUUUGAACACAAUCUACUUGGCGGUCAGCAACUUUUAUGCGCUCAUUCUCUUUCAUCGCCGUCUACUCAGCCCGGGUCAGGCCCCGGCCGCGCUCCACCGCCAGGCACUGACCGGAAUUCUUGAGACUGCUCAUAAGCAAUUCACCGUUGACCCGCGUCUCCUCCGAAGGUUACACUGGCCCCUGUUGAUGGCACUAAUCGAGACCGACGAUCCGCUCCAGCGCGACUGGCUGCGCCAGCGCUUGAUAGAACUGCGUGGAUUCCACUCGGACACCACUUCAUCCUCAAUCGCCAUGUCGGUCCAGGCGGCCUGGGAGAGCUGCUCCAAGAUUGACACUCUUUUCAUCCUUGUAUGCUCGGUUUUCUGCUGGUUGAUCAUUCCUGCGGUCGGCCUGGCCUAUUCAGGCUAUUCGACACGCUUCAACAGUCUCGCGUCCUUCUACCCGGGUUUGUUAGCGGUCGCCGUCUGCUCCAUUCAAUGGUGGAUGAUCGGAUACUCUCUCGCCUACAGCGAGGGCACCAGUGUCAUCGGCGAUCUCAGCAAGGCGUUCCACAUUGGUGUCCUUGCUAAUCCUGUCGGUUCCAUCCCGGAGAUUUUGUUCUCAGAAUUCCAGCUCAUCUUCUGCGCUACCGUAUGCGCGAUCGCCAUCGGCGGUGCCUGCGAACGCGGACGGCUGCUGCCUUUGAUCCCAUUCAUCUUUCUCUGGUGCACCUUCAUCUACGCACCCCUCGCCCACAUGGUCUGGUCGGAAACAGGGUUCCUCGCCAACCUCGGCGCCCUCGAUUUCGCCGGGGGCACGCCAGUGCACAUCUGCAGCGGCGCCACCGCAACGGCGCUGAGCGUCUACCUGUCCUACCCCUUGUUCCGCUCGCGACGCUCCUCGUCGCGCACCCCGAGCCAUCUCACUCUGCACCGCCCGCACAACACGCUGUGCCAGCUCCUCGCCCUGAUCAUCAUCUGGAACGCCUGGCUAGCCUUUGACGCAGGCACCACCCUCGCGCUCAACUUCAAAAGUGUCAUGGCCGCCUGCGUGACGAACCUCUGUGCGGCCUCGGGUGCCCUCACGUGGGCCAGUCUGACCUAUUACCAUACGGGGAAAUGGAGCUUGGACAGUACCUUCCUCGGAGCGAUCGCAGGACUCGUGCUCAUCACACCCAGCGCCGGGUUCAUCGACCUGCCCACCGCAAUGGGGUUCGGGGUGCUGGGGGCAGUCUGCGGGUACCAGGCUCUGCGCAUCAAGUUCACCAAGCGCGCGAAACACUACCGCUGGGUGGACAACGGCGACACCUUCGCCACGCACUGUCUCGGUGGGUUCCUAGGGACCAUCCUCACGGGUCUGUUUGCGCAAAAGGAGGUCGCUGCGUAUGACGGGGUCACGGACAUCGCGGGUGGAUGCCUGUUCGACGGCAACUGGGGACAGCUGGGCGUCCAGGUGGUCGAGGCGCUGAUCGGGUUUGUGUGGAGUUUCGGGGGCAGCUAUCUGUUGUAUGCGUUGAUCGACUGCGUGCCUGGCUUGGAGGUUCUGGCUACAGAUGAGUAUGGUCUGCAUUGA